AUGCCUAUCUCCAGGUACCACAUUCGUAGCGCGCACAGUUUGGCGGAUCCGGAGCUGCACCGUGCCGCCGAUAAGGAUGACUCCGAAGCUCUACUUGAGGCCGUAGCCAUGAGCGGACUCGUAGGCUUCUUGCGCCAGCUCGGCGACCUCGCUCAAUUUGCUGCUGAGCUGUUCCACGACUUGCAUGAAGAAGUAAUGGCUACUGCUGAAAGAGGCCACAGUCUUAUGUCUCGUGUUCAACAGAUUGAGGCUGAAAUUCCUCCACUUGAGAAAGCAUUUUUGUCAAGAACUCAUCAUUCAUCUUUCUUCACAAAUGGAGGGAUUGACUGGUGUCCUAAUCUUCGAUCUGAACAGAAUCUUGUUUCACGCGGAGAUUUACCUAGGUUUAUAAUGGAUUCAUAUGAAGAAUGCCGUGGUCCACCUAGACUUUUCCUUCUAGACAAGUUUGAUGUGGCUGGUGCCGGAGCAUGUCUGAAGCGUUAUUCUGAUCCAUCAUUCUUUAAAGCAGAACCUGCUUCAUCUGUAAGUGUAACAGCAACAGUAGAAGUUCACAGGGAAAGGAAAAUUCGUAAAGUCAAGCAAAAGAAAGGGGAAUGGCGGAGGGAUGGUGAAACCCCUGGAGCUGUACUAUCACAUUCAAAACUACAUCAGUUGUUUCUUGAGGAGCGUAUUGAGAAUGUGUGUAGUGAUCCUGCUCGUCUUGUGAAACUGAAAAAAAGACAAUUUGAUGGAUCUGCAGUUGAAGCAAAAUCUGGGAGAAGUUACAUGGAGGAAAUUCUGGAAAUUACCUCACCUGAUCAUAAAAUGGCUUGUGAAACUUCAAUCAAUCCACUGCCUGUGAAAUUGAUGUCAAACGACACUAGUGAAACUGGGAUUGAAAUACUCGAAAUCAAUGACAUUUCACAUAUGAGAAGGUCUAUUGAAAAUGGAAAAACACAUUCUUCAUCAAAUGAGCAGGAAUUAGAACUUAAUUCAAGCUCAGAAGUAGGCAGGAAGACAAAUGGAUAUCUUGUGAAGGAGCCCGAACAAAUCUCUUCUGGUGGGACAGGUGAAGUGUCUUCUAAGCAUCUCAAGGUACCUGAUGAAGCAGAACUAGUCGAUGAUGAUGGACAAAACAAAUCUCUUCUGGUUAAGACAAAUGGAUAUCUUUUGAAGGAGCCCGAAAAAAUCUCUUCUGGUGGGACAGGUCAAGUGUCUUCUAAGCAUCUCAAGGUACCUGAUGAAACAGAACUAGUGGAUGAUGAUGGACAAAACAAAUCUCUUCUGGUGAAGUCAAAUGGAUAUCUUGUGAAGGAGCCCGAAGAAACCUCUUCUGGUGGGAUAGGUGAAGCGUCUUCUAAGCAUCUCAAGGUACCUGAUGAAACAGAACUAGUGGAUGAUGAUGGACAAAACCAAAGAGAAGGCAGCCUAGACUGCUAUCAUUCUGAUGACACGGCUAGUGAGGUUGAUGAUUAUAUGGAUGCAUUAGCUACCAUAGACUCCGAGUUGGAAAUAGACAAUGAGUGUGGACCUAAGAAAAGCCUCUUGAAUGUUCAAAAGGUAAUUGAUUCAAAUGGUGAAGAGGAACAUCAGCUGCAAGCUCCGUUUUCAGAUUCUCAAUCAUUUGGAGACUCAUCAUUAUCUGAGGAAAUGAGUUCAUUUGAACAAGAUAGAAGUGAAGAGAAUAAUGAAGUACAAGCUCAGCUGCCAGACUCUCGGUCAGCAGGAACGUCCUGUGCAUCAGAUGAUGACAAUAGUUCAUUCAGAAAAGAUAGAACUGAAGAACAUACCCAACUGCAUGCUCAGUUGUCAGAUUUUCAAUCUAUUGGAAAUUCCUCACCAGAAACUGAAAAUAUGCUUUCCAACCAGCUUCCACAAACUGGUGAAUUGAAAAAAAAUUAUGAUGAGUGUGUCACACAUGAUGAUGCACAUGAUCUUGGGGGAGAAAUAUCUGAUUCUGAACCUGUCUCUUCUGGUUCACGUCCGGUGGAUUCAGGAUGUUUAUUAUUGUCUUCGGAUCAUGGAGCUACAGCUCUAUCAGAUAAAAUGCCACAUGUUCCUGUUGAACGGCAUUUAAGACUAGAAGAUGAUGAAGACGCCAUCUCCCUAAUAAAAGAUAAUAAUCUCCCAGUUGUUUAUUUUGACAACAAUUCUUUGAACAACUUGGAUGUCUGCAAUCCUCAUGUCCAUUCCCAUACUACAUUACAAGUUUCCAAUGAUUUAAAUUUGGCACAUGAAGGCGAAUGUGGUGAUCAUUCUGACAUCAAAGUGAUGCAGGAUGAAUCUCAUAAUGAGUACUGUUCUGAAAUAUCAACUGUUGGAGACAUUGGUUCACGAGGGGAGAAUCCCAUUUGUCUGCCCAUGGAAUUAGACCUUAAUUUGGGCACUAAAAUGCAGCUUGACGACUGGGACUUACAAUCUGAUGAUGAUAUCAAAGCAAUGCAACUUGAUUCAGAAGAUUUGUUUCCUGUUGUGGAGACUACCGUAGAGAAUAGCUUUGCAGAGGAGCUAUUCUCUGAUUUUAUUCAAGGGAAUCCACUAGACGGACCACAUUCGGUAGAAGUUAAAACUCUUUAUUCUGACUAUCUUUCAAAUUUUGAAGAGGUACCGAAGAUAAUGCUUGGUGAUGAAAGAAAUGGAUCCACCUGCAGUUUGGAUCAAGUUGAAGAUGACGAUCUUAUUAAUCAUCCUCCUUGCCCUAAUUACAUACUGCAGGAUGAUGAUAUCAUGGUAAAUGAUAUGUUCCCUGUAAAGGUUCUGUCCAAAAAUCUAGCCGUAUCUCCUAUUCCUUCUCUUGAUAAUACUGAAACUGAUGCAAGUGUUGUUAAUUGUCAAGCUUCAAAUUUUAUUUCCUCCCCAUCAAUGAAUCCUCCAAAUUUGCUUGAAUCUUUACCAGCUUCUCCAGAUUCCAAUAGGAUGGAAAUGGAAUCCAAUGAGGUAGAGUUGACAAAAAUUUCCAUAGACUUGAAUGCAGAGAAGAGGGAAAAUCAACUCGAACCAUUUUCAUAUAUGACAUCUCCAGUGAGUAGCCUUACAAAUUUGGAAGAAUCUAUUUCUACUUUUGAAGAUUCGCACUGGAAAAAUUUGGAAGUCAGUGAGGAAGUUGCAAGAGACUCUUUGACAGAGUUAACGUCACAUUUAGUAGUGGAUCAACUGAAAAUUGCUUCUACUGAUGAACUGUUGAGCCUGAACAGAUCAGACUCUUCUAACUCUAGUGUAUGUAAUAAUCAGCAUUCAUUGCUUAAGGAUAAAGACCAAGAUGGUUCUUCUCUCAAUGACAUGAAAAUGGUGACCCAAUGUUCAGAGCUAGACUCUCAGGAUUCAGAAUCUACAAUUGUUCGCAAGAAUGAUCUACAGAACAGUAAAGAUAGUUUUUCACCACCUUCCUAUAAUCAACUGGAGCCUGAAACCCAUUUAGAGUGGACCUUAAAACCACGAGUUGUGCAGCAUGAUGUGGGUUUUCUGCUCAAAAAUGAAGAAAAAUGCACCUCUUCAAAAUUUGAACCUCAGCCGAUGCCGAUAUCAAAUCACUUGGAGGGAGAGAGAAUAAAUUGUGUUGCUUCUGAGUUUUCUGCAGAAGUCCAUCUAAAGGAAUCUUCAGAUGGUUCCGCAUCAAAGUCAUCUGAUCAGAAGAUUAACUCAUCAAAACAUUUCACGGAUCCAUUGAAACCUCUCCUUCCUAAUCUUUUUCCCAAGGCAACCAAAAUAAACCUCGAGGAAACGCCGCCUAUGCCCCCUCUACCACCUAUGCAGUGGAUAAUGAGCAGGGCCCAAAAUGCUUCCUUAGUGUCAGAGAGAGAAGAAAUAGGUGUAAGUCAUGUAUUAUUUCAACCAGUACAGCCAGUUAAACCUGAUUAUAACUCUCAAAUUGACUUAUCAACUUCUGAAAGAGUAACCUUGCCAUAUCAGAAUCCUUUUUUGCCUGCUGUGGCUGUGGAGAGUAAUAACUGCCUACACUCUUCUGGGUUAUCAGCAGGUAUUUCAGAGCAUCCUGUUGCUAUUCCUUUGCAGCUUCCUGUGAUGGUAAAUGAAGCAAAUGGUCGGCAUAAUUACCAAGUUCUGGAGAGAAGUCAAAUUCACAACCCUUUCUUAGCAUUACCAAUGCUAUCUUAUGGUUGGCUGCCACAUGGACGUGUCAAAGCUUCAGAGGGAGAAAGCAUUUUGAAAUCAAAUCCAUGCCCACCAAUACAUCUCACUGAAUGUGCUGUUUUUGGGGAUGAUCCUAGCGACCAACAAGAAACACUGCCUCAGUUCAAGAGUCAGUUAAUGGAAAAUACUAGUUUAGAAGCUAAAGACGAUAAUCUUGGAGAAAGUGUAUUGAAUUCAAGUUCAUGCCCACCAAUACUGCCUGCUGAAUGUGCUGUUCCUGGGGCUGAUACCAUCUUUCAACAAGAAAAACAGACCCAUUCUUCUGGUCAAAUAAUGGAAGAUACAUGUUUUGAAGCUAAAAUGGACAGUCCUGAAGAAUCGCACUCAGUGCUACCAUCUGAAUGUCCUGUAUCUGGAGGUGACCCCAUUUCUUCAAACGAACAACAUUCUCAUUCUCCAAAUGCAUUAAUGGAAGAGACUGUUCUGGAAUUUACAACACUUGAGGAGACAUCAAUUCAUUUGGAAAGGGAUCAAGGUGAUCAUAUUGUCUCACCUAAGUCCCCAUCACCAAGUGUAGAAAUUGUGCAGCCCAAUCACGGCCUGCUGCCUUCAGAGGGGGAUGUGACACUGUCAUUGGAUACAUCCUCCCAAUCAUCAGAAUUUGAUAAUCAAAUACCAAAUGGAAAAUCAAAGAAGCUUCCUCCACCUCAGAAUCAUUUAUUUGAUGUUGUUGCUGCUCUUGACAAAAGCAGGCUGAGGAAGGUCACUGAUCGUGUUAGGCCCCCAAUAGCACCAAAGGUAGAUGAAAGAGACUCAUUGUUAGAACAGAUUAGAACGAAGUCCUUCAACUUGAGGCCUGCUGUGGUUACACGCCCCAACAUUCAGGGUCCCAAAACGAACUUGAGGGUUGCUGCCAUCUUGGAGAAAGCAAAUUCUAUUCGCCAGGCUUUGGCUGGAAGUGAUGAAGACGAUGAUGCUUGGAGUGAUUCUUGA